ACAAAGGCUUAUCCAGGGCUGGGUUGUGGGGCCAGCAGCAAGCAGAGAGCCAACUCACCCAGGAGCCAUCCUAGGAAGAUAGCCAAACCACCUUAACUGGCUUCUUUCAAUACAAAAUGCUUUCCCCCCCUUUUUUAUUUUAAUGAUGACUUUAUUUAUUAAGACUAAAAGACAACAAUUAAAAAAAGCUAUCAAAACCAAUCUGGUUCUAUGAGGAAAAAGUAAUUGCCACCUAAACCUAAUAACUGGUUGUGUCACCCUUGGCAAUUAACUGUUUGCGAUAAAAGGCAUUGUGAUUCUCAUUGCUGUGGAGGAAUUUGGCCCGAUCUUUGCAGUAUUGUUUUGGGACACAUUGGAGUGUUUUCAAGCGUGAAUAGUCUGUUUAAGGUCACGCCAAAGCAUCUCAUCUGUCCUCCCAAAAGUCUUGGGGAUCUAUAGGAUCUUUUUUGUUCUCUCGUGACAUAGAUAUGCUCUUGGGACUAAUUUUGGUACACUGGCCACUCCUGGGAAGGUUAACCACUGUCCCAAAGCUUUAAAAAGGCUUUAUAACCCUUUCCUGACUGAUAGACAUCAAUGAUUAUUUUGUUGCUGUUCUAGACAGAUCUUUAAAACUGCUUCCCUUUGUUAAACAAGUCUUAUUUAAGUUCUGUUGUGAUUCGACAGGUCUGACAGUAAUCAGGGUUAGGUUAGGGUUUGUUUUUUUUAACGAAAUGGGAAAUGGGGGGGCAAAUACUUUCUCACAGUACUGUAUGCAUAAUAUACAUUUUUAAACUCAGAUGUAGAUAUGAACACCCACUUUAAACAUAAAAAGAUUUCAUUUAACGCAUCUUUAUGAAUAAAUUCUUUAGUUAAAUAUUGGUGAUGUUUUUUCUUUAAUAGUCGGUCAGAUCAGCUGAUCUCUAUCGUCGUCGUCAUCGUCGGUCGGACAGCAACGGCCAGCGCUAGCUAAACAUAGCUAGUAGUAAAAGUUAUGACAGGACAUGUCAGGUUUAGUGUACCAUAAGGUAAGAUAUUUGCCAGAAUCCCGUGUACAAAGCAGCAGUGUGUUUGCAGACUCGUCUGUGGUUUAUCCGGCGUGUUAUUGUUUAACCUGCGUCUGUGGUCGGAAGCUAACAGUCUGUUAGCUCACCUCACCUAACUGCAGGUUCUGACCUUGGUAAGCAAUUGAGGAUCUGGCUACCAACCAGACUGAAUGCUCUAAUCUGAGACUAACUAUGCCUUAUCUCUGAGAAUGGGAGGAAGUGGAUCCAAAGCCAAAGGUGUCUGGCCUUUCUCAGGCAGCGGAGGCGAGUCAGGAAAUGAUGGGAACGAGCAGUCUCUGGCCCGGCUGAAAGGCUCUAAGAAUGCAACACCAUUUGUUUUUACAAGGAGAAGUUCUUUGUACUAUGAUGAGGACGGUGACCUUGCCCAUGAAUUCUACGAGGAGACAGUCGUGACAAAAAAUGGCAGAAAGAAGUCCAAGUUGAAGAGGAUCCAGAAAAAUCUAAUUCCACAGGGAAUUGUGAAGCUCGACCACCCGUGUAUUCAUGUUGAUUUCCCCAUCGUCCUCUGUGAGGUGUGACACGUUGCACAGUGACUGGUCUGCAAUGAGGUGCAGCCGCAGGUCCUCUUUACAGAGUAUUGUUCAUGUCCCGAGAGCUGCAGUCAAGAACUGGCGAAUGGGGCUUGCAGAGGAAAAAGGAAACUUCAAACUGUCACAUGAAAAAUGAUAUAUUGAAUUAAAUGUUAUACAUUUGAAUUCAACAAGUCUUUAUUUUGACAUUCACAGAAAUAGUGACGGUACAAGUUGUGUUUCCACUACCCAGCUGAUAUGUAUGCAGACUUGGAGAAUACUUCGGAUGAAUUUGUGUUUCUCCUGUUGAGUUUUUUUUUUUUUUUUUUAAAUUUUGCAGGGAAAAACAUCUGUGACGUGAAAAGGCUUUAAUUCAUGCCUUCUGUGAGAUGUAGACUUUGUAUGUGUCUUUGUACAUGUGCUAGUUUUGGGUGCAUGUGUGAACUACGAAUGCAAGAUGUAGUUGCAGGGUGGGAAUGAUGAGGGAUUCUUGAAUUUCUUGUAUAUACUCAUGUUCUGUAUUGUCACGUCUGAGAUGGUCUCAGUUAUUGGCACUCAGACCUGCACUAGUGAACAUAAUGUACUGUAAAUAACAUCAGAUUUCUUAGUUGAAAAUACUUGAAUAAAUGGUUUACUGAGCAAAAUCAC